UUCGAUGCCGAAUUUCGCCGCUUCGCCAUGAAGCGCUCUGGCGCAGGCAGCUUCCAGGACUUCUACCGCCUGCUGCAGACGGUGCACCAGAUCCCACGGGUGGAUGUGUUCCUGGGCUACACGGACAUCCACGGCGACCUCCUGCCCAUCAACAAUGAUGACAACUACCACAAAGCCCUGUCCUCAGCCAACCCCCUCCUCAGGGUCAUCAUCCAGAAGAAGGCAGAGUCUGAUGCCAGUGUCUUCGCCUCAAACUCCCUGCAGCGGAAGAAGAAGGGGCUGCUGCGCCCCACACACUACCGGGCCAAGCCUCACCUCCUCAUCGGCAUGCCCCAGGACUUCCGCCAGAUCUCCUCCAUCAUCGACGUGGACAUCCUGCCUGAGACCCACCGCCGUGUGCGGCUCCACAAGCAUGGCUCCGACAAGCCACUGGGCUUCUACAUCCGCGAUGGUGUCAGCAUGCGAGUGGCUCCGCAGGGUGUCGAGAAGGUUCCUGGCAUCUUCAUCUCCCGCCUGGUGAAGGGCGGCUUGGCCGAGAGCACGGGGCUGCUGGCGGUGAGCGAUGAGAUCCUGGAGGUCAACGGCAUCGAUGUGGCUGGCAAGUCCCUGGACCAGGUGACGGACAUGAUGGUGGCUAAUAGCCACAACCUCAUCAUCACAGUCAAGCCAGCCAACCAGCGCAACAACAUCAUCCGCAGCAGCAAGGCCUCGGGCAGCUCAGGCAUGUCUACAGACAGCACCCCCAGCCAGCAGACCCCCAGCCCAGCCUCGCAGUACCUGAGCAACUACAGCACGGCCGAGAGCGACGAGGAGGGUGACCUGGUUAUCGAGAGUGACAGCGCGCCCCACUACAUCCCUGGGGGCUGCCCCAAUGGGGGCCCUGUGGACAGACACCUCCAGCGGAGCCUGUCCCUGCACAGCUCACGGGGCUCCCUGCAGUCUCUUGGCAGCCACAAUGGCAGGGGACACCCUGGUGACAUCUACAGGGAGCUGGGUGGCACCCGGGCUGGCAGCAGCACCCUGGCUGUCACUGAGCCCCAGUAA